GAAACUUAGUUGUUACGGUACAACAUAGUAGGCGACUAGUGUACGCUCCAUACAUAAAAGCGUUGCCGCUAGUUGCGCUCUUAAACAUUGGUCUCAGUGCGGUAAAGGUAAACAUUCGAGGGAUUUCCAAGUGGUUAUUGUUUAUUAUGUGAUUUGAGGAAUUACGGCAAUGGCAGACUGGGUUUACAGUUUACUAAAGCGGUUUUACCAGCGAUUUUUUCCUACAAAUAUCCUGCAAUGGAUGCGAAAACAGCAGAUUGAAAAUGGUCCAGACGAAUGUUAUGAUACAACCGAGUUGCACUCGUCUUACCUUCGAGAUGCAGAAGAGCAUGAGACGUGGUUUCCAGAGGUCACCAAUAUAAACCAGCUACCGUAUUCGGUUUUAGUAAAGAUAUUUUCCUACCUUUCUGUGGAAGACCGACUAUUAGAUUUAUGUUUUGUGUGCAAGCACUGGCAUCAGGUCUGCCAUGACCAAACUUUCUGGAAAGAGAUUGAUUUUUCAGAUAGAUCAUUGGUUACAGAUGAAGUCCUACUAAGAGCUGUAACAUUUAGCAAAAAUGUUCAAAGUGUCAACUUGCGUGGAGCUUCAAACAAGCGUUUAACCAGAGAGGGACUUAUAGCUCUCUCCAAGGCUUGCCCAAUGUUAGAAACCUUGAAGCUCACAUGCUCUGCUUCAUGUUUGAAUGAAGAAACUGUUAUUUCCAUGAUUCAAAACUGUCCACGAUUGAAACACCUUCAGAUUGCCAUGAUGGGUUUAACAGAUGAAACUAUGUUAACGAUAGCAAACUGCCUUAAAGAUUUAGAAUUCCUCAGUGUUAACAAGAAUCAUGUAAUAACUGAUGAUGGAGCUAUUGCUGUUAUAAGAAGUUGUAAGAAAUUAACAACAUUGAGAAUGGAAGAUUUAAAGAUAACGGACAAAACUAUCGCCGAACUUGUAGCACGCGAAUCAACCAAUCCAACCAUGGUUGAUCUGAACGUCGAAAUGGCAAAGUUUUCACCAAAAUCUGCUGAAAGUUUGGCUAAGCUGAAGAAUUUGGAAGUUUUUUAUUUGACGCGUUGUAAAGGCUUCACUUAUGAGAAUCUGAAACCGAUUGUUCUCAGCAUGACAAAACUGACGAGGCUCAGUCUCUGCAUGAACGACGAAUUGGAUAACAGAGUUGCAAAACUGCUGGCAAUGAAUUUAAAACAACUGAAAGAUGUUUUUCUAACAUCCAUUCCAAUCGAUGAUUCUGGCAUGGCUUGCUUUGCGAGGCAUGGAAAGAAUCUUGAAAUGUUGGACGUUGGUUACAGCAAAGUAACAGAGAAAGGAGUGGAGAAUGUGUGUCAGUCUCUUCCAAAGUUAAAAUGGCUUGGAUUAACCAGAUGUGAAGGGGCAAACAAGAAAGAAGUUGAAAUUCUUGCGCAUCGUUUUUCCCACGUUCAGUUCGUCACUUUCCUCCAAGAUGCCAAACGGAUGUUGGUGAAGAGAGGAUGUUGGGAUCACUCCUUCAAUGGGGUCCUCACUGAAAAGAAGAUCCUGGAGCAGAUGUCAAAAGAGAUGCCUCCUCCGUACCACAGAAGAAAAAUCGCAUCCGGAGGAGUUAUUGAAUAUUUCGAUACCCGAACAUGAGAAAUUUGUCAUAAGCGUCAAACUUUUUGUUUCAUGAGAAAUUUGUUACUAGCACCAAACUUUUUUAUUUGUCAUUGGCUCAAAACUUUUCUAAAUACAGGGGAGGCACGGAUAGCUACAUGCACACCCCUAUGAAAAAAAUAUUCAAUAUUUAAAUAUAAUAUUAAGAGCAAAAUAUGCCUACCAUGCCACCCAGAAUUUGCGCCUAUAGACUUGAUUAGAAUCUUAACAUACUUUGCAGAAAUGAUUUGCUAAUGUUAUAUAUUUUGAAGUAUUAUAUGACUAUAUUACUUUUGUUACUCUUCUGAAAAAAAUGUAACUAUUUUUAUUCCAUCUUUUGUUUUUGCUAAACCACAUCAUAUGAAUAGAUUAGUGCAAAAAAUACAUUUUUAACAAAACACAAGAGUUUCAAAAGUUUCGCUUUUGCUUGAUAAUUAGAACAGCAGAAUAUUAUAUGAUGUACUAAGAAAAUUAAAACGUUUAUUGCUUCUUGUGGAUACUCUGUGAUAUUCUAGUUAAUACCAAAGAUACAUAGAAUGUAAGAUAUAAUUAUCUUUCCAAUGACAUGUAAAAAAUACUUGCAAAAAUUCAUGUCAAUGGCAUUUGCUGUUAACUUUUUUAUUCAUUUCUGAACUAAAUCUGUUUUGGAUUUUUCAAAUUUUUGUAAGUUUUAUCACACACUGGUGCUAAUUAUGGCUGUUUGGUGUCUUAUUCGAUAAUUUAUGCAAAAAAUUGUUUAAACAUCUUCAACCACGUUUGUACUACAGAUUUAGAUGUUCUCGUUAGCUGUCAGCGUGUUUAGUUCCAUAAUUUGAACAUAAAUUUUUUUUUUUGAUUUUCUGUAAAAGUUUCUCACAUUCAAAGUAAGAUAAUGUUUAUAUAUGUAUAUUGGACAGUACUUCUAAAUUGAAUAUUUGAACUUUGAUUACAAGUUUUCAUGAGGAACAGAAUGUUCUCAACUUUUAUGCAUUGUUAUUAAAUUGUGGAUAGUUCGUUUAUAUAAAAUACAUUUAAACGAGCUCAAUUUAA